AUCUGCUCAGAGUCAUUCUUACAGUUGAGAUAACAUUCUACUUGUCAUUUCUAAAGGGAGCAAUUUUUUUCUGUUUAUUUUUCUCAACUAGUAUCAAUUUGUACUUUGGGAUUGAAAUUGGGAUUUGUUUUUUUUUAGGAAAUAGAUGCCUAUUAGUUUACGUAAUCCAGACUGAAUAAAUACACAGUUAUUUAACAUAAAUCCAGUGUUUCCUAACUUCUAACCCAGAGAGUACAGACAUCGUUAGCAUUGCAUCUGGGAUACCAGCACGCUCAGGAUGGAUGGAAAACAAGGGCAGUGUUCUGGGGAUGCUGAACAAAAUGCAGCUGAGCUGUUACCCAGAAAUCCAUACUGUUCAAAUUGCAGAACACACUGUUGUUGUAGAUCGUCUCCUGUGACCUUCCAGCCGCAAUGGGUUACAGCAAAACCAUGGUCACUCUGGAAAACAUUUCUGGUGUGUCUGCUGGCCUGUCUAAUUGCUACAACCCUCGUUGUUCUGGUCUUAUAUUUUGUUCACUUUGGCAAGCACACCAUGGGUACAACCAUCGUCAUUCACGCAGAUGGGAAGUCCAGUCAUGUGAUCUGUGACCCUGGUUCUACCGCAACUCCUGUCCCCACGCCUGGUUCUACCUCAUCUCCUGCCCCCAUCACUAGUGCUACUGCUCCUCCUGCCCCCAUCACUAGUGCUACUACUUCUCCUGCCCCCAUCACUAGUGCUACUACUUCUCCUGCCCCUACCCCUGGUUCUACCUCAUCUCCUACCACAUCUCCUGCCCCAUCGACCCUGCCUGAAUCUCAGAGCACCCAACCACCUGCCACUGUGCCCAACCAAAGCUCUCCUGCCACGGUGCCUGCAUCUACCAUGCGGCCAACUAAAAUCACCCCGGACCACGAAGUCGAAAUUGAAGAUGACGAAUGACAUUUUUGAGCCCUCAGCCCUCCUCAAGCCAGGCCAACACUCUUACUCUGAAGGAGGCAUGUCUAAGCUGCUCUGUCUUCUCUGCCAAGAGAUUCCACAGCAUUUGUCUUCACGAGAUCUUGCCCCUCUUGCUCAAUCAUUUGCUGGAAUUCCCACAUGGUGAUGACUCAGUCUUGGGACCGCCAAUGUUCAAAUGAUUGGAAAAGAAAAAUUUCACUGAGCCUGGUUGACUCAUCCAGCUGGGGACUCAGAGUUUUCUCUUCACCCCUUCUGUACAACCCACCUCAUUUAUCGCCCAUGAAGAUUCCAGGUGGACCUGCUCUACUUCACUCCCUACAUGCUGGGUCUUAAGCCAGUAUUUGCCAUCAGUUAUUGAUUAUUUCCCAGUCUAUUGUCAGCAUUUGUAUCCCAGUGGGGAAAGAAAGAAAUGUCCAACCAAAGUGGCUAAUGAGCAUGGAUUAUUAAGUACCUACCGAUCAUUACAGAAGUGUUUCUCCUAUGGGGAAUGCAAAAAAAAAAGGGGGGGGGGCGAGGUCAGAAAGGAUAGGAAUAAUCAAGGAAGACUUCAGAGAAGGGCUGAAAGUUGAAAAGUGGUGAACAUUUGGAGUUAAGUAGAGAUAAUUUAAACAGAAAAUGAGAGGGCUAAGGGGGUUUAAAAGAUUUAAAAUCAAAAGCACACUUAGAAUGUAACAGGUGAUGUAUUUUCUUUUUUUAAAAAAUAUAUUUUAUUGAUUUUUUACUGAGAGGAAGGAAGAGGGAUAGAGAGUUAGAAAUAUCAAUGAGAGAGAAACAUCCAUUAGUUGCCUCCUGCACACCCCCUACUGGGGAUGUGCCCACAACCAAGGUACAUGUCCUUGUCUGAAAUCGAACCUGGGACCCUUCAGUCUGCAGGCCGACGCUCUAUCCACUGAGCCAAACCAGUUAGGGCGGUGAUGUAUUUUCUAUAUCGGCAUCUUUUCACUAAUAUUGUCAAUAUUAUUUUCCAUAUUUAAUAUUCUGCUUAAUCUCUAAACCACUAUAAAUACUACUUAGAAAAUUUGAAUGAUUAAAUUGUUUUAUACUUUGCAUUAUAACUUUGAGAGUACAUGGCUUAUAAUUUGCUAUGAAACACAGACUCUUGUUCAAUAUUACUUAUAUUCUAAGUGUUUGAUACUUAGUAAAAGCAUAGAAAGAUUUCAAUCUGGAAAAGACUAGAGUAAAGCAGUAUUCCCAUUCCACCCCCAUCCUCAAAACUCUACAAAAGGAAAUAAGAAUGUAUGUUUCCCUCCCUCCUCCAAUAUAGUAUUAAAUCAAUUAAUUUCUAUUGUACUUGUGAAGAAGAAAGAUUCAAUUUACUAGGUUAAGAUGUGCUUCCCUAGAUGAUUUAAACUUUGCUUUGUGAUUUAAAAGAAGAGCUUUCAAUAAAAAGACAAAUAAAUUUACAGCUAAAAAAUGUUGUUAAAGUUUUGUAGAAGCCAUCCUAAGUAACUAGAUGUUUAAUAAGAGCUGCUGUUUCCUUCCUUUACUUUCAGAUAAUAUAGAAUGCAGUGUGGUAAUACAAGAAUGAUAAUUUUUUGUGUUUAACGAGAACCUUCUCUUAACAAUGAAAUUCCUACAUUAAAUAUUCGGUUGGAGGAUAUUUUAAUUAAGGGCAUGUGAGAUCAUCAAGGUUCUGUGCUUUGUAAAAUAGAGCUGUGAAUGAGCUCACAGAUACUCUUUUGCUUUAGACUUUUAUGGUUUAAUAAAAUAUUAAAAUAGUAAACAGUGGUGGAAAAUAUCUUCACAAGUUAAAAUGUGUAACAAACAAAAAUUUUACAAAGUACUAUGAAAAUGCUGUGAAGUGUACAUAUUCAAUUACAAAGUACCCAGUUGUAAUGCUUUAUUUAGCAAAUAUUAAAGCCACACAUGCUCUAAUAUUCAUAUUAAAAACUAAUUCACCAUA